AAGAAAAAAAUAAACAAAAAUAACACAAACUCUCUUCUUCUUUUCUUCUUCUUCUUCAGUGCUCCUUUGUUCCUUCACACCACUACUAGCUACAAAUACAUAUACAUAUAUAUUAUAUUACAAAAAAAAUUAUUAAUCUAAAAAUGGUGAAGUUCUCAAAGGAGCUUGAAGCACAACUAAUACCAGAAUGGAAAGAAGCCUUUGUCAACUAUAAGCAGCUGAAGAAACACAUAAAGAGGAUCAAACUGUCACGAAUUCAAAAGCAUCAACAACCGCCGCCAUGUGGUGGCGGUAGUAGUGCUGCUGACUUUGGUCGCUCUAUUUUCGAUUCGUUUCGCUUUGUCGCCAACAAGUUCUGCUUCACUUCAGAUAACAAUAAGCAAGACCUCAUUCAGGUGAGGAGAAAAACCAUGGAAGAUGGGGAGGAAGAAGUGUAUGAAACGGAACUUGCUCAAUUGUUUUCAGAAGAAGAUGAGGUGCAUGUGUUCUUUGCAAGCCUUGAUGAGGAGCUUAACAAGGUGAACCAAUUUUACAAGAAGCAAGAGAUUGAGUUUCUUGAGAGGGGGGAGAUGCUCAACAAGCAGCUUCAAAUCAUGCUUGACCUCAACCAACUUCUCAUCGAAAAACGUUGCAAAAAUCCAUCACCCAAGGCUUUCAACGCUGGAAUUUUCCCUCAUUCUCCUACCCGGAACUCAUAUUUUUCCAAAAGUGUAGGAGAAUCAGAUAAUGAAAGCAAUUCAGAGAUUUCACAAACGGAGGAAGUGAUGACAACAUUGGAAAGAAAUGGAGUGAAUUUUGUGAAGUCAGCAACAAGGAUGAAGACAAAGAAAGGAAAAGCUAAGAUGGCAAUAAGAAUUGAUAUUCCGGCCACCACGCCAAGCCGUAGCAUCACGGCGGUUACUUCCAUGUUAUGGGAGGAUUUAGUGAACAGUCCCAUAAAAGAAGGGUCCGGUGGUGGUGGAGAGUUCAUUAACAAAAGGAAAAUUCAAUAUGCUGAGAAAAUGAUUAGGAGUGCAUUUGUAGAGCUCUAUAAAGGUCUUGGCCUUCUCAAAACCUACAGCUCACUAAAUAUGGUGGCGUUUUCGAAGAUAUUGAAAAAAUUUGACAAGGUUUCUUGCCAACAGACCUCCACAAAUUAUUUGAAAGAAGUGAAGAGGUCCCAUUUCGUUAGUUCUGAUAAGGUUGUUAGACUAAUGGACGAAGUGGAAUCCAUAUUCACAAAGCACUUUGCCAACAAUGAUAGAAAAAAAGCAAUGAAGUUUCUAAGGCCCCAACAACAAAAAGCUUCUCACAUGGUGACAUUCCUUGUUGGGUUAUGCACAGGUUCUUUUGUAUCGUUGUUCUGUAUAUAUGCAAUAUUGGCCCAUUUGUGUGGAAUAUUCUCUCCAAGUACAGAGACAACUUAUAUGGAUAGUGUCUACCCUGUUUUCAGUGUGUUUGCCUUGUUUAGUCUACACUUGUUUAUGUAUGGAUGCAACUUGUACAUGUGGAAGGGAACAAGAAUCAACCAUAAUUUCAUAUUUGAAUUCUCACAAAGCACAGCAUUAAAGCAUAGAGAUGCAUUUCUAAUGUGCACCAUUUUUAUGACAACUGUGGUUGGAGCAAUGGUCAUACAUCUUGUUCUAAGGGCUGCUGCAUUUUCUCCUAACCAAGUUGAUGCAAUUCCUGGAAUCCUUCUUCUGUCUUUCAUAGCUUUGCUCAUUUGUCCAUUCGACUUCUUUUAUCGCCCAACUCGAUUUUGCUUCCUCCGUGUUCUUCGUAACAUUGCCUGCUCUCCAUUUUAUAAGGUUCUGCUGGUAGACUUUUUUAUGGCCGACCAACUAACUAGUCAGAUUCCGUUGCUAAGGCAUUUGGAAACAACAAGUUGCCACAUUUUUGCUAGAAUUUUCAGAACACACCGUCCUGAGUCAUGCCAUUCUGGAAGAUUAUACGUUGAAUUAACUUAUAUCGUCUCUUUUAUGCCAUAUUAUUGGCGCGCAUUGCAGUGUACAAGGCGAUGGUUUGAUGAUGGCGAUGUAAACCAUUUACUUAACAUGGGGAAGUAUGUUUCAGCAAUGGUUGCAGCAGGGGCAAGAGUGACAUAUAGCAGGCAAGAUAACCAUUUAUGGUUUGCUAUGGUCUUAGUCACUUCUGUGGUGGCCACACUUUAUCAACUCUAUUGGGAUUUUGUCAAGGAUUGGGGCCUUCUUAAUCCUAACUCUAAGAAUCCAUGGCUCAGAGAUGAUCUCAUUCUCAAAAAUAAAACCAUAUACUACAUCUCUAUGGCAUUGAAUGUUGUCCUAAGAGUGGCUUGGGUGGAAACCAUCAUGCAUCUGAGAGUGGGGCCUAUUCAAACAAGGCUACUAGAUUUUUUGUUGGCUUCAUUGGAAGUUAUCCGAAGAGGACAUUGGAAUUUCUACAGGUUGGAAAAUGAGCAUCUAAACAAUGUUGGGCAUUUUCGGGCAGUAAAAGCGGUUCCGCUACCAUUUCGCGAACUAGAUUCAGAUAGUUAAAGUGAUGAUUUUCUCGUGAUGACAUGUAUAAUGUAUUUAUGUGUGGAAAACAUUGUUGCUGAGGUGGCAAAACUGAGUAAGCAUAGGCUCAAAGGAAAUUAAUAAAAUAAUAUUUUGAAGGUGUGAAAUCCCUCACUCACCAUUCAUCUUAUUAUAACAGUUAAAUUACUUCAGUAUGUUGUUAUAAUUUUAAUAAAUUUAUAAUUAAAUUUUUAUAA